CGAUGUUGAAACCAAGUCUUGACGCCAUGAGAGCGUUUCGAUGCGGCCAGCUGCCCGCCUUGUGCUUGAGUGGCACGGCUCGAUUUUCAACGGCGCCCUUGCCGAAAAAAAUUGCAGUUGUUGGCUGCGGUCAGAUGGGCACUGGAAUCACCAUAGUGGCUGCAAAACAUGCUGGAGCUGAAGUUGUUGGACUAGAUGCAUAUCCCGCAAGUCUCGAGCGCAGCAAAGCAUUUGCCGCAGAAUGGGCAGGCAAAGAGGCCAAAAAAGGACGAAUGACGGAAGCAGAGGUAGACGACUUCCUGCGAAAGAUUACCUUCGGCGACCUGAAGGAUGAGGGCUAUUUGAAAACGAUUGCGCCCCAGAUGGACUUUGUGAUUGAGGCCGUGAGCGAGGACCUGAAGGUGAAGCAGUCCUGCUAUGACGCCCUCCAGGCUGCUGGCCUUCCAGAAGGCUCUGUCUUGGCUACAAACACCUCCUCCAUUUCCAUCACCAAGUUGGCGGCCAAAGUGUCCAGGCCGGAGCGAAUGAUUGGCAUGCACUUCAUGAAUCCAGUCCCGGUGAUGCCUCUCGUGGAAGUCAUUAGAGGUCUGCGCACUGAUGAUGCGACUUUGGAGCUUACACUACAGCUAUGCAGGGCAAUGAAGAAGGAGCAUUCCACCAGUGAAGAUCGACCUGGUUUCAUUGCAAACCGCAUCCUGAUGCCUUACAUCAAUGAGGCUGUGUUUGCAUUGCAAGAUGGAGUUGGAACUGCAGAGGACAUUGACAAGACUUUGAAGUUGGGAACUAACGUUCCCAUGGGUCCUUUGACCCUGGCUGACUUCAUUGGCCUGGACACCUGCCUGAGUAUCAUGAGGGUUCUGCACAGAGAUCUGGGCGAUUCGAAGUAUCGUCCUGCGCCACUCUUGGUGAACUACGUCGAAGCUGGCUGGCUUGGCAAGAAGACCAAGCGUGGCUUUUACGAUUACAGCUGAAGUCGGUUUGCGACGAGCUGUUCUCUACUGGAAGCCUGG